UCAGUCACGUGACGUCCAGCUGUCUCAACGUCACAGCAGUCGUCGGUCUGGACAAUUCCACAUGAGCGAAAGAUGGCGUUCACAUUCGCGGCCUUUUGUUAUAUGCUGGCGCUACUGCUGACGGCGGCGCUUAUCUUUUUCGCUAUUUGGCAUAUAAUUGCAUUUGAUGAGCUGAAGACUGACUAUAAGAAUCCUAUAGACCAGUGUAACACAUUAAACCCGCUCGUCUUGCCAGAGUACCUCAUCCAUGUGUUCUUCUGCGUAAUGUUCCUGUGUGCCGCAGAAUGGCUGACGCUUGGACUCAACAUGCCUCUGCUGGCCUAUCACGUCUGGAGGUAUAUGAGCCGCCCUGUGAUGAGUGGACCUGGAUUGUAUGACCCCACUACAAUAAUGAAUGCAGAUAUUCUGGCAUACUGCCAGAAGGAGGGAUGGUGCAAACUUGCAUUCUACCUCCUCUCAUUCUUCUACUAUCUUUAUGGGAUGAUCUAUGUUUUGGUGAGCUCCUAAACCGGAUACAGCUGGAAAGCAUACAAAGAAGCCUUUGAGAUGCUGAUUUUAAAACCCAAAUGGAGCUGAAUUUGAACUCUGCCAUUUCUCUCAGUUUUGCUCGGCUGUUUCAAAAGGACAUAGACUUUAUUUACACCUCAUUGGCCAAAAACGAUCCAGGACGCAAGCAGCCCGCACAACUCCAGAACCACACAUGCAAGAAUAAAUAAUGAUCAACUCUUCAGUACAAUCUGUUUAAACUUAUAUACACAUGCUGCACCAAUGACAAAGCAUGUCACACACUGAAAGCAUCAGCAGAUGACAUGAGACCGUUUACAUUGACCAGAUCGUGUCCAAAGCGGAGGCACAAGGACUUCAACACUAAACCACUGAUAGAAAUGUGCAAAGAUUUUAAAUGUGGGACAAAAUAAAGAUCUUGAUUGUAGCAUUUUAACAAACUUAUUUUAUCUUUAAUAUAUUACUGCCUUGUUGCUCAGUCAGUUCUUUAAUUUGUCCUUCAGAAUUGCGUGCUGCUUCGGCGGUUCAAGAUCUUGUAAGUCCGUGUUUUUGAGCUCAUGCUGGUGGUCUGCUUCAUGUUGAUGGUGUUAAAACCACGGUUUACUGUGUUUUUGGUAGAAAAUGAGAACUGAUGCUUUCAGUGUGUCGAAAGCUUUACUUCGCUCAUACACCCUGGAAAUACUCCACAUGUAAUGUUUUUUUUUUUUUUUUUUUGCUUUUAAAUGUAUUAUUGUGUGCAUUUUGUAUUUCUGAUUGUAAUCGUUUUCUGAUUUUGUUAUGCUUCCAUUGUUUUGUUUUUUUUAGCUAGAGAUGAGUGUGGACACUAUUUUGAAUAUUUUGGUUUGAUGUUGGCAUGAUCUCCGUGUGCCAAGAUGCCUUUUUCUUUUAGCCUGUCAGUAAUCACAAACAGAGGCUUCGGUCCUGAGGUAGAAUUGUAGAGUUUGUAUCUGGAUUCAGAGCAGAGCUGUGUGGAAGGAUUUUUUACCACACUGAAAGCUGUUCAUAAUCACCAAGCUGGACCAGCAAGGCUAUAUUCAGAGUGAUAAGUUAUUUUAGAAUUUCCCUGUGAUUGAUUUAGGUUUUUUUUUCUUCUGAUUACUUUCCCCUGUGUGUGUUAAACCAGCAUUAAGUGCAUUUGAAUGUUAUAAAGACUUGCAAGAGCUAUAGUAAUUUUUUUUUUUUUUUUUGUGGCUUGUAAUAUUGCUUAAAGUUCCCAAUAAAGCCCCCCCAUAGAAAAAUUAUAA